CCGCGCAUUAUUAUGGACCGAGUGGCGCUUUGAUGGAUUGAUCACAGCAAAACAGCGGGCUCGUCUGAGACUGUACAGUUUCCAGCAAAUCAAGAGCUCCUCCUACAAUGAGUUAGUAAGACUGAGUCGUGCUAAAUCACUAAUUUCUGAAGACCACCUCUGCGCGUCAUGCACGCAAUGUCUCCAUCGUUGCGCGUUUGACCCAAGCUGUUUUAAAGCAAGAAACUUGUCUUUUUGUUUGUUUUUGCCCGGCAUGGGAGAUCACAGUGAGCCGACCAUGGUGCAGAAGUCGACAUCGUUUAGCAUCAAAAGUCUCCUGCUCCCAUCCAAGUUUGACAGCCCGAACGCGGAUGAGGGCACAGAGAGGCGCAGCAGCCCGUCUGCGGUACAGGAUCUAGACAAGCCUACGGAACCAGCUCAAAUGGACCUUGCACUUCUCGAAAAGGACCAGAGAGACACAGACACCCCGGAGCAGCCCUCUAAAAAGGGGAAAAACGGGAAAUUUGACAAGCCGCCGUUCAGCUACAAUGCGCUCAUCAUGAUGGCCAUAAGACAAAGUGCAGAAAAGAGACUGACUUUAAACGGCAUCUACGAGUUCAUCAUGAAAAAUUUUCCGUAUUAUCGAGAACACAAGCAGGGCUGGCAGAACUCCAUUCGGCACAAUCUGAGCCUCAAUAAAUGCUUCGUCAAAGUGCCACGACAUUACGAUGACCCGGGGAAAGGAAACUAUUGGAUGCUGGAUCCAUCCAGUGAUGAUGUUUUCAUCGGUGGCACCACAGGCAAAUUGCGGCGCCGUUCGGCGACAUCCAGGGGCAAGUUGGUGAUGAAAAGAGGGCUUCGUUUUGCGCCCCUCGGUCUCGGGUUGGGUGAACGCCCGAGUAACCCGUUAUACUGGCAGCUAUCUCCGUUCUUACCAUUGCAUCAUUCGCACUAUAACGGAUCCACGCACGGAUUUCUAAACCAAGGACACGCUUACGGAUCUUUACUUCCCGGCGUCGAGCCUCUUAGUAACGGGGAAAUGUCUCGCCCUAUUCUGGGAGCCUCUACCGGGAGUCUCAACCUGCCAAACGGAUACGGUGUUUCACCGCCGUCAGUGGCUGCUGGAUUAUUAUCAGGGCACAAUGGGUACUUUGUACCGGGAGCGCAGCAGCAGCAGACUUUGCCGAGCGCACCGGGUUACGGCAUCUCCAGCUCUCCGUCCUCUUUGCUGUCCGAUUCCCUAAGAACUAGUUUACCGUCCUUCACAUCAUCUGUUUCGGGUGGACUUUUGACUCAACAUAAACGGGUUGCGCCCAAUACUUUCAUCAGCUGAGCGUUACGCGUUCUCUCCAAAAUAUCCAAAAAUUAUAAGCAUUCAAAACCUCGCUACGAAACAUGCAAGCUUUCCCUUUCCUGAGGACUAUUAGUCUGUCUGUAUUUUUCUUUGUCUAUUUAAGAUCUCACAUCAUUUUUAAUGGUAGUAUGGUGUUAUGCCAAAGGCAUUAACUGUAUGUGUUUGUUUUUCUUUUUAUAAGUAUUAUUUAUAGCUCGACGAUUUAUUUGUUAUUGAUGUUUUUGUAUUUAUUAAAAAAUGUCGAAUAUGUUUUUAAUCCCUUGGUACUGUGGGAUACAGUUUUUAUUAGAUGGAUGGCACAUAUUAUUCGUUUAGUAUAAUUUUAUUUAAGAUAUACUGUUCCAAAACUGUGAAUGCGCCUUAAUAUAUGAAAUCAGGGUUUGACAUGGAGAGUGUUUGGAUUGACUCAGGUGUGCGUUCUGACAAUGAUAAUUUAUUAUAGUCGUAAUAAAAAUAAUAGAAUCCUGAAAUAUGGUCAAAAUAAUCCUUUAUGCAAUGUUUAUAUAUUUCUAUAUCUGUGAACGAGGACCUUGCCUUCAGAGUUAUGUAAUGAACCACUAUAGCUACUGAAUUAAGCUUUUUCAUUAAAAGCACUGUUUUAAAUUAAUUUAGAGUUGGUCUAUGUGCUGUCAUUUACAAAUCUGUGUUUUGGCCACUUCUGAUGUGUACACUUUCUAUUUACUCAGAUUACAGUAUUUUAUUACAGAAUGUUUGUGAGGAUUUUUAAAUUUAACACUGGGUGUAUAUUCGGUAUUGCCUGUUUAUAAAAUACCACACGACCCCCCCUCACAUCUCUAAUUGUCAUAGUCAUUUAUUGUGUGUCAUUUGUACUAGUUUUGUUUAUUUCUUGUAUAAAUUGCCUGAACUUGGGUUCAGAACGAAAAAAUAAAGUAUUGAAAUAUUUCUGUAUGAAAGCAAAAAACGUGAUUUGUAGCCACAAAUACAGCAAUGAAUUUAAGAGAAGACAACAACUAUAUUCAUGGAGAUCUGUCGUGUAAAUGCCCGAAUCAUUUUUCCUGAGCAACACAAUAAUAAUAAUAAUACACAAACCGACAACAACCCGAACUGAUCGCU